GUACAUUUUCACUGAAAUAGUAAAAAUUGACGAAUAGUAAAUUCACAUAUAUUGAGAAGAUCAAAUAUGGAAAAGUUAAGCAAAGGCAAACGAGUAGCCCGCGAAGAGAAACAGCGGGAGCAAAAAGUUGAGGAUGUGGUGCUCAAAUCGUUGGACGAAUUCGGCACAAAUGAGGACAAAUUGAAGGCGCUGCUGCAGCAACAUGUGGAGACCGAGAAGAAAGUGAGCCGGCUGACAAGCGAGAUGCGCGCUCUGCAGCGGCACAUGGAGAGUCAGCAGCGGGAGAAGGAGCAAGUGCAGCGGGAGCUGAACAAAAGUGUGCUGAUGAGGGAUAAGCUGCAGGAGGUGUGCCGUGAACAGCAGCGCAUUCUCAAGUCGGUGAAAAACGAGAGCAUGCUGCAAAUAAAGGUCGAGGAGGAGCGACGCAAGGAGAGCCAAAUCAAGUUCCAGAGCUCAUUGACCGAGGUGCAAAAGUCGCUGACGAAGAACAACGAGGAGAACAUCAAAUUGCGUGAUUACAACAUCGAAAUGACCAAAAAGUUAAAACUGCUGGCUGAACAAUAUCAGGCGCGUGAGAAGCACCUGGAGAAGCUCAAUGAGCAGGUGCAGCUCGAGUCGCAGCUGCAUCAGGCGAAGCUCAACAAGGCCCAGGUGGAGGCAGCCAUGGAGAAGGAGAUACUCACCAAAGAAAACCAAAUUGGUCUGGAGAAGCUGCUGCAGGCGCAACGUGCCAUCAAGGAUCUGACGGAGCGGGAGCAACAGCUGAAGGAGCAAUUGAACAUUUACACGGCUAAAUACGAUGACUUUCAGCAAUCGCUGCAGAAAUCAAACGAAGUCUUUGGCAGCUACAAGGUCGAGCUGGAGAAGAUGUCCAAGCACACCAAGAAAAUUGAAAAGGAAGCGCUAGGCUGGCGCCAGAAGUACGAAAAGGCCAAUGCCAUGGUAAUUGAACUGGCAACGGAGAAACAGCAACGCGAUCAGCUCUCGGAACGUCUUCAAAAGCAGGUGGAACAGCUACAAAAGCUGCUGCGUGCUCUGCAACUGGAGCGCACCACAUUGCAUCAGACACUGCGAGAGCAGAACAUUGAGAUUCCUCCAAUGCCGCAACUGCCGCCUGAACCGACGCCAAUCAAGAUUGCGCCCGUUAACUCGGACAACGCCAAAAUGGAACUGAUGACCCGCAACUGUGCGGAAUUGAAGCAAACACUUGCCAAUCUGCAGAACCAAAUGAAACUGCUGACCACAAACGAUGCUAAAAUUGCCGCCGCCGAGGCUGAGAAAUGCAAACAAGCCGAGGAGCAGCAGAGAGCAAACAAUGCCAAGAAGAACAAUAAAAAGAAGGCGGCCAAAUCAAAGGCAAAGGCAGCGGCAGCUGCUGCUGCUGCUGCGGCAUCAACAGCUGAAGUUGAAGCCGAAGCCGAUAUUCAAACUGAAGCUGGCGUUGAGCCAGAAGCAGCCAACAAAGUGGAACAGCUGGGGGAAGCUCUUGAUGAUAAUUUGGAAAAGCCUGCCGCAUCCGAGUCUUCCGAAACUCUUGUCGAUGCUUCGUCUACUUCGACUGUUAACGAAACAAAAGUGCCUGACUUAAUUGCCUCCAAGACAGAUUAGAGGCAUGUUCAUGCCACGCCCAUUCAAAUAUAUUGCCAGUGCCAGCAUCGCAUCCCUCCUCGACGGUUUUUUGUAUUUAAAAUUCAUGUCCUUCCCUCUCAACACAUUUGUGCAUUUCGUCAUUUGUAAUUUUGAAUAACGAUCAAGCGAACAUUUAAAAUUCAACAACCACCAUAAAUCAUAAUUGCUACUAAAUAAUUAUUUAUUGUAUUUUAUAUAAAUCGUAUUUAUUUAUGCGCUGAUUGUAAGCUGACUGCAAAACCAAAUUGAUUAAAAAGUUUUUCUACAAAUAUAAAUU